UCGCUGUGAUCGCUGCGCAGACAGGUGGCACUCCCUUGGGGACCGGCUCCAGGGCUCCGCCAAGAUGUCCACGCUCUCUGAGAAGGAAUCCAGGGCACCUACCACCCGUCUGGGCCCAGCCGCCACACGGGGCCUGAACACUAACUACAGGGGUGGUCUGGAAGGAGACCGCGCCAGAGAGCCAGACCAGAAGCUGCCAGAGCUCUGUGGAGUGGGUGACCCCACUGCCACGUUCUCCUCCGAUAGCUCCCACCUGUCCUCGAGAGGAAGCAUCAUCAAAUGGUUCUGGGACUCGGCUGAGGAGGGCUACAGGACCUACCAUAUGGAUGAGUAUGAUGAGGAUAAGAACCCUAAUGGCAUCAUUAACUUGGGCACCAGUGAGAACAAGCUGUGCUUUGACCUUCUGUCCAGGCGGCUGAGUCAGAGUGACAUGCUGCAGGUGAAGCCGUCUCUGUUGCAGUACCCUGACUGGAGGGGACAUCUGUUCCUCCGGGAGGAAGUGGCCAGGUUCCUGUCUGUCUACUGCAGGAGCCCUGCACCCCUUAAACCAGAGAAUGUGGUUGUCCUGAACGGCUGUGCCUCUCUCUUCUCUGCUCUGGCCACGGUGCUGUGUGAGGUCGGGGAGGCUUUCCUGAUCCCUGCCCCUUACUAUGGAGCCAUCACGCAGCAUGUCUAUCUCUAUGGCAACGUCCGACUGGUCUGUGUCUAUCUGGACAGUGAGGUCACUGGGCUGGACACACACCCCUUCCAGCUCACAGUGGAAAAGCUGGAGAUGGCCCUGCAAGGAGCUAAUUCUGAGGGUGUGAAGGUCAAAGGCCUCAUCCUCAUCAACCCCCAGAACCCUCUGGGUGACAUCUACUCUCCAGGAGAGCUGUGGGAAUACCUGGAAUUUGCCAAGAGGCACGAGCUGCACGUGGUGGUGGAUGAGGUCUACAUGCUGUCCGUGUUUGAGGAGUCGGUGGGUUACCGCAGUGUCCUGAGCCUGGAAAGGCUGCCGGACCCCCAGAGGACCCACGUGAUGUGGGCCACCAGCAAGGACUUUGGGAUGUCCGGGCUCCGCUUUGGCACGCUGUACACAGAAAACCGGGACGUGGCCACUGCGGUGGCCUCUCUCUGCCGCUACCAUGGCCUCAGUGGCUUGGUCCAGUACCAGAUGGCACAGCUGCUCCAGGACCGAGACUGGAUCGACCAGGUGUACCUGCCGGAGAACCAUGCCCGGCUCAAGGCUGCUCACAGCUAUGUCUCCAGAGAGCUCAGGGCCCUGGGGAUCCCCUUUCUGAGCCGGGGGGCUGGCUUCUUCAUCUGGGCCGACUUGAGGAAGUACCUGCCUGAGGCCACCUUUGAGGGGGAAUUGCUGCUCUGGCGUCGCUUUUUGGACAAUAAGGUGCUGCUGUCCUUCGGCAAGGCCUUCGAGUGUAAAGAGCCCGGGUGGUUCCGCUUGGUCUUCUCAGACAAGGCCCACCGGCUUCACCUGGGGAUGCAGAGGGUCCGGCAGGUGCUCGAGGGCACAUCCCAGGUGGCAGAAGAUCCCCCUUCCUGUCAGACCCAGGAGCCCAGGGGCCAGCACAGGUGAGCUGGUUGUCGCCUUGUGGCCGCUACUGCCAACCGGGGGCCUUGGGGGAUGUGAAGGCUGAUGGUGGCUGAGCGUCGGCCAGGAAGAUAACCAUGCCCCUGCAGAACUGCUCCUGCCUCUCUCUGAGGCACUGGGGGACGCCUUAAGUUGUGUCUGACCUGGCCCAUCCUCUUCCCUCUAUUAAACAAAACCGGGAGAAACUGGAAACCUCUGUUGUGAGUAAUGUACAGACUGGAGGAGUCGUGACUGCCCUCGGCCCCCUGUGGACGCGACAGGAGAACAAACAGCCUGGACUUUCUUUUCAGCAGCGCCCCCAUUCCUCCUCCUUUGU